AUGGGCAUUGUGGCGGUGAUUGGCGGACAGUUUUACGGCUGGAACGAGUCCUUCAGCGUGGGGUUUGCGCCGUUUUUCUUGGCAUUCGUGAUGAUGGGGGCGGCGUACAUCAUUUACGUGGCGUGCGUUUCCGAAGUCGGGGGAAAAGUUCCCGGUGGCUCGUACGGGUUGGCCCGCGCAGUGCUGGGGUUUUACCCUGGAUUUCUCCUCAGCAGCCUCGAACUUCUCGAGUACACUUCAUUUGCGUCCGUGUCGGUGUUGUACGUGACCGAGUUUGCGACCACGUUUUUCAACUGGAACGAGGACUACCAACCGAUCUUGUGGCUGCUGUUCUACGCAGUGUUCAUCUUCAUCUUGGAAUCGCGGGGCAAGUACGUGUGGUGGUUUAUGCUCGUGUUCGUUGUGCUGUGCCUCGCGCCCACCGUUUUGUUUGUGUGUGGGUCGCUCUCGUAUGUCAACUUUCAAGCCAACGCCAUCCUUGUGGACGACGCGACCAACGAAACAACGUGGGCCACAGGCGAUAUUUCGUCGGCGUUCUUUGGCAUUUUACCGUCAACGACGGUGGGGUUUGCAGGCGUCGAAAGCCUCACGGUGGUCACUGGGUUUGUCAAAGAUCCAGCAGUAGCCGUGCCCAAGGGGACCGUGGCGGCCGUGUGGACGCUGUUCGUGUCCAACAUAGCACUCAUUCUCGUUCUGGCAUCCCUUCCCCCAGGCCUCGCGACGACUUCCACGGACGAGUACUUUCUCGAUCGUGGAUUGAGUCUAGGACUUGGCAUGUCCUCUGGACUGUCAGAGUGGCUCAUGAUGCCGGCGCAAAUGGGCAUGGCGUUUGGCUUUUUCAUUCCGUACGCUCGACUGACUCAAGCGAUGGCCGAUUCCAACUUGUUGCCAUCAUGCCUGCGACUCAAAGGUCAGCCCAACACGGGACGGGCGAUGAUCGUUGCGUCUGGGUUUGGGUACCUCAUCUGCCUCGUGUCGUUCUACAGCCCCAAGUUCAAACAAACGCUGCAAAACAUCUCGAUUCUGGCGGGGACAAUUUGCUACGCCGGCCAGACCCUUGGCUUUGUGAUGCUUCGAACCACGUAUAAAAUUGAUACCGCGGGGUACACGAGCCCGUAUGGCCUCGUGGGGGCGUAUUAUGUCUGGGUCGUGUUCUUGUGCCUGUUUGUGUCCAUUGCGGGGGG